UUGACCGGAAUACUUGUGCUCUGGAGUGCGAGAAAAGUGGACGCAAAAUGGAUCAGUGGCUGAAAGUAUCCUUGAUGCUCUGCACCUUCGGAUUCUUCCGAGAAUACCGUCCGUCAGAGCCGUUUGUCUUUGAAUUCAUGUCCGGACCAUGGCGAAACAUCUCAGCAGAAGUCAUCAAUCGCGAAAUCUACCCGAUGGGAACAUACUUUUACUUGGGACUUUUGGUGGUUGUCUUCCUUAUUACAGAUAUGCUGAGGUAUAAACCAAUCAUUGUUCUGUCAGCAAUUUCUGGCAUUUGCCUCUGGGCCAUUCUUCUCUGGACCAUAACACUUCGGUGGCUUUAUGUGACACAAUUCUUCUAUGGCUUUUUUAUGGCCGCCGAAGUGGCCUAUUACACCUACAUCUAUGCCAAAGUCGAGCGGCGCCGGUAUCAACAGGUUACCGGACACACUCGCUCAGCAAUUCUUACAGGAAGAUUUCUCGCAGGUACAACUGCUCAGCUUCUCGUCUCGUUCGAGUUGAUGGAUUUCCGCGACUUGAACUACAUCUCCUUCGGCAGUCAAAUAGUGUCUCUCUUCAUAUCAAUUGUCCUUCCCAGUGUCGGCGUUAGUAUGUACUUCUACGCCAGAAAGGCACCCAUUGAAGGUGUCCAAGUGGACUCGAGUGCUGAGCAGAAGCACGAUGACACUCCAGAAAGUCUCGCCUACACAAAUCACGCAGCUGAUCUCAGUCCAGAGGAUGACAAACAAUCAAAGAGCGUCGUGAGGAGACGCUUUGAAGAAGAUGUCGAUGUGAUGAAAUCAAAGGCAGAGUCCGAAAGUGCUGGGAAUGGGUCGAGUGGCAGAGCAGCUGAAGACGUCUGCACUGCUGAUUCAUCACCCAUUAAGGAUGUUGAGGAGAAAAUUCAUUUCUCAUGCCAACGAGCGACUGCUCUUCUUUGGCAGCAUUUCAUCGCCGGCUAUAGCAAUCGAACAGUCUUCCAGUGGAGCCUCUGGUGGGCUCUUGCCAUGUGCGGCUUCCUUCAGGUUCAAACGUACAUUCAGCCCCUGUGGCAGCAGAUCGAUGACGGGCGAGAGACUUUUUGGAACGGCGCCGUCGAGGCCGCGCUGACCCUCCUCGGGGCGAUCAGUGCCCUUUUGGCGGGCUCCCUGAAUGCCCGCCUCAUUGAGAAGUGGGAUCUGUGGAUUCUCACAAUUUGCUCCGCCGUGGAAGGAGCUCUGAUCCUGGGCGCCGCCUUCACGCAACACGUCAUUGUGGCUUAUGUGCUGUACGUUCUCUUCGGCACUCUAUAUCACUUCAUGAUCACUAUUGCAAGUGCCACCGUGGCAAAGUAUCUGGUUGAGGACAGUUUUGCCCUAAUAUUUGGCAUUAACACCAUGUUUGCUCUCCUCUUCCAAACAAUUAUGACUAUCAUUGUUAUUUCCGACGUGGGAUUUGCUCUGGAUCCUCGAGGACAAUUUCAAGUCUUUGGAUGGUAUUUUGUCUGCUUAGCAGCUAUUUUUGGAGUAACAGGACUGGUGAAGAUUAUAAAUAGGAAAUGCUGUGGUAAAACAUUUCAACUAACAGCUGAAUGAAUUUUAGAGUGUAAUUCCAUUUUUCGGAAUAAAAUGUGCCACAAUGCUCAAAA